UCCUGUUAUUUGUUUUGAGAUUUAUUCUCCCCAGGAUCCAGAAAUAUAUCGAUACACUAAAGAUUCACAAAGUAUAUUUUCUAAUCUAAAUUUCUCCAAUGUAAAUGUCUCCAGAAUUCGCAUUAGUUGACUCGAGUAAUGGAAAAAUCGUGUCGGCAUCGGUUGAAGCGAUUCCUCCCAUUUCUAUCUCUCCUGCAACUGCAUCCUCGUUACAAGUUCAAUGGGGAAUGGACAUUUUGAGUUGUUCCGAUUCUUCAGCGGAAUGUUAUUGUUGGAGUAAAGAUACGGACGAAUGGAAGACAUUUCCGGCUCUGAUUGCUACGCAUGUCACAGGAAGCAUGAGUGUGGUUGGAGACAUGCCCAUAGUGAUAGGAGGUCACUCCUAUUCGGUGGGCGCUGACCUCGGCACUGUGGAGAUCUUUAACAAAACUACUCAGCAAUGGACUGUUAAAUCUCCUUUAACACCUGGUCGGAGGAGACAUUGCGCAGUGGUGAUCAAUGAUACGGCCUUAAUGGUGAUUGGGGGAUACAGUGAUAGUGCGGGAUACAUUGGUUCUGUGAAUAUCCUUGAUACGAACGAAAUGACAUGGAAUGAAUUGAAUGGCCUACCUGCUCCAGCAUAUGACAUGCUAUGUGGUUUGGUUGACCAAACUUAUGUCUUGUGCAUUGGAGGUGUAGCGGCUGAUCAGGAUGUGAACACUGCAUAUGGUUUGGAUAUGGCUCUGAGCAACCCUGAAUGGAAGAGAAAGGCGUCGUUUGACCUUGAGGAACCAGCUAAAGAAGGAUUCAUUUAUCAAUUUAGAGAUCAUCUUUACUGCGUGACUUUUCACACACCAACGACAUUGAGGAGAAUGAAAUCAAACCAGGCAACUCUAACAUGGGAAAUCAUGGACUUAUUUCCAAAUAGUGCGGUUGGGUUUGUGUCCCCAUAUGUUUUAAAUGGCUUUGAGAUUUAGUCAUUAAAUGCAGGUUUUGAACAUCUUUGUUUUUCUACGUGGCGGUGUAAUGAAACGGCCAUUUUAAGUAAUCCUCAUAUGUCAGCAUUCUUUAGCCAUUCUAAUUCUGAAAUACAAAUUCUUAUUGAUGGGCUUGGCAGUAUUUCAACUAUCCAAUUCAUGGCCAAGUUGCUUUCGCAAGGUGUUUGCAAAAUGGUCACAGCAAGUGGGAAUUCCACAAUCUCUAAA